AUGAGCUCUGCUGAUCCGAUUUGUCAGCAGGCGGUCAGGCGAGUUGAUUCCGAUAUCCGGUGCCCAGGUCCUGAAUCUAACGCUACUAUUGCUGGCAUUCAUUCGAAAGCAGACCGCUCAUCCGAAAAGUUCGAGAACACUGCUUGGCUGGCGAUGUUGCUUGUCAAGUCUCCGUAUACGGUAGCUGCUGUCGGUCAAAUGCUACGAGAUUUAGCCCCUGUGAGAUUUGCAUAUUGA